CCGGCCCUUCGCGCGCCUCUGACGCCAUCCGCCAACCAUCCGCUAUCAUUGCCUAUCAAUCAUAUCAAGUACAUCAUUUCAACAUUGCUUGUUUUCUUCUUGAACGCUCUCUACAAUUUCAAUGGCUCGUACUGGUCCUCUGCAAGAACUCCCACUUGCGCAUUUUUUACCUAGCGGCGCCAAUCCAAUUCCCAUCAUUGCUAAACCAGCUAAACGCCCUCUUUCGCCUUCAAAAUCCACAAUUUUUAGCCCGGCUAAGCGCCGCAUUCUGCACUCAGAAGGCAUUCUCCUACCUGGUGAAGCUGCCCUGUCUCCAUUGCAAUUUCACAUUCCAUAUUCUGGAAGUGAUGUCAGAGCCUCCCACGAUUCGUCGAUAGCAUUGACAUCAUCCGCACAAUGUGCUGGUGCCACCCAGGGAAGCUCGAGGAAUAGACGAACGCCGAGGAGACCUUCGCCAAAGUUGAUACGUUCAACCAGUGCCUCAGGAGACAACUCGGCAUCUGCACUUAGCCUCCGUCGCUCGUCUCGCCUCCAGUCAUCCCAACGCGACGCUGAAUCUGGCGCUGCCUCAAUGGCAAUUCUUCGCGAAAUGCCGCAGCCUUAUGACCGUCAGUCAGUGCAUUAUCCUGGCUUUGACACGUAUCAAGAUCCGCACAUAUCUCUUACACCAUCGCGACGAACCAGUCCAUCUUCUGAUAAUGAAGACUCGUGGCCUAGUAGUUCUGAAGAAGUCCUCUCUGAAAGGGAGAUCACUAAAGAGAAUAUUCCCCCUCGAAAGAAAGCCAAGAAGGCCUCUUUGACACGGUCCUCUCUGAUAGACAAAUCGUUUCGCUCAGAUCGAUCUACUACACGAGAGCAAUCCUAUCAACUGUCUAGUAUCACGGCUAGCAGGCACUGCAUGAAUGGGGUUAUCACUCCUCUGGUGUCUUGAACAUAACCCGCGACAGCUACGUUUCCAACAUAGAGACAUGGGAGGGGGUUUUGGAAACCCCUGUGGGAAGGUCUAUUGGAUUUACACAACCUAUCUUCUCCUAUCUUCCGUCUGUCUUCUCUUUUGACACUUGGUUGGCCCAUACAUCAUUCACAUGGUAUUUAUGAGAUAUCUGAUGACUAUCUGCACAUUGUCAGUUACAUAUAUUUGACACUGUAACGCCGGUUGCUAGAACAACAUGUGGUUCAACCCAUGACCUUUGAUUUGUCGGUUUAAUCCAAGUCUAAUUUGUUAUGUUCUUUCUGACUAGACGGUACUCUGGAG